UGACGAAAACACUCGCAGAAAAGUUCAAGUCAUCCGUGAUUCGUCAUUUGGAUUUAGUUAUAAAUCUUUUGGGGACGCGUAAGUUGUUUACCCGAUUUCAAUUGAAAAAUGGAUGAUGUAGCUGUUAUUCUACCAGAAAAGGAAAUGUGUGAAAUUGAUACAAAACCAGUGGUGGGUCAUGGCUCUAGUAUUGGCUUAGAUGAGUUGGAUGCAGAAGAUCUUUAUACAAAAUACAAAAAACUACAACGAAUGCUAGAGUUCUUGGAAGUUCAAGAAGAAUAUAUCAAAGACGAACAAAGGAAUCUAAAAAAAGAAUAUUUACAUGCUCAAGAGGAAGUAAAGCGUAUACAAAGUGUACCACUGGUUAUUGGUCAAUUUUUAGAAGCAGUUGAUCAGAAUACUGGAAUUGUAGGCUCAACAACAGGAUCAAAUUAUUAUGUUCGUAUUUUGUCGACUAUUGAUCGUGAGUUGCUGAAACCUUCUGCCAGUGUCGCUCUUCACAAACACAGUAAUGCUCUUGUAGAUGUUUUACCACCAGAAGCUGAUUCUAGCAUUUCUAUGCUUCAAGCAGAUGAAAAGCCAGAUAUUUCAUACAGUGACAUUGGAGGUAUGGAUAUGCAAAAACAAGAAAUUAGAGAAGCAGUUGAAUUACCUUUGACUCAUUUUGAGCUUUACAAACAAAUUGGGAUUGACCCUCCUAGAGGUGUAUUGAUGUAUGGUCCACCAGGAUGUGGAAAAACUAUGCUUGCGAAAGCUGUUGCAAGACAUACCACUGCUGCUUUCAUUCGUGUUGUGGGUUCUGAAUUUGUGCAAAAGUAUCUUGGAGAAGGUCCUAGAAUGGUUCGUGAUGUGUUCCGUCUAGCAAAAGAAAAUUCUCCAGCCAUUAUUUUUGUUGAUGAGAUUGAUGCUAUAGCUACAAAACGUUUUGAUGCCCAAACUGGAGCUGAUCGUGAAGUGCAACGUAUUCUACUGGAAUUGUUGAAUCAAAUGGAUGGUUUUGAUCAGACUACCAAUGUAAAAGUUAUUAUGGCAACUAACAGAGCUGACACUCUUGAUCCUGCGCUGUUACGUCCAGGAAGAUUAGAUCGUAAAAUUGAAUUCCCAUUGCCAGAUCGUCGACAGAAACGACUUAUUUUCUCGACGAUCACUACUAAAAUGAAUUUGAGUGAAGAGGUUGAUCUUGAGGAUUACGUUGCUAGACCAGAUCGAAUCUCUGGUGCUGAUAUUAAUGCUAUUUGUCAAGAAGCUGGAAUGCAUGCUGUUCGCGAAAAUCGUUACAUUGUUCUUGCUAAAGACUUUGAAAAGGGUUACAAGAAUAACAUCAAGAAAGAUGAAUCUGAACAUGAGUUUUAUAAAUAAUUCAUCGAGAUUUAUAUUUGUAACUUUAUGUGAAAUACUAAAAUAUUUCUUUUUUUAUUUUAAUUGGAACUUAUUUACAAUUUAUAUUAAAUAUAGAAAUAAAAAAUUAUUA